CGAAGGUUCAACCAGGAGUGGACUCAGGUAGGGGAUCCCAGGCAGUGAGGUCACUUCUUUGACAACAGAGCCCAACAGAACUUGGAACCCCUGCAACCAGGCACCCACAUUCUAGUGCAACCCCACAUCAGGUUCACUUGGCUGGAGACAUCUGCUAGUGAAAGAUGUUCUCUUGCUGCCUGCCAACUUCCCGGGGCUCUGGCUUCCAGAAAGCCCAGGGUUGUGGCUCUUUCACAUGCCGUAGACUUUUGUUCCACCGUCACAGCCCAUGCCUGAGGGCGUUUGCCAGGACGUACCCUAAGGUAAUAUAGAGCAGCCCAGGGCAGGCCAGGCCACCUGUGCCAGCCAUCCUGGGCAGGCAUCCCCUCCUCUUCAGUUUCAGGGGACCAGGGAUGUGUGGGCAGGUCCCACCUAGGCUGGAGGAGGUUACAGGGCAGCAGGUACCCCAGUGAUCCCUGCAUGGUCACACUGAUGUCAUGGUGGGCAGGGUGGAAAGAGGAUUCCUGAGGUGCCUCUUACCCAUCCGAGUUAACCUAAGGUCCUAGGGCUGCAUCCCUUUUCUCUUCUUGGGGGAGAUGUGUGCCGACUGUGGUGUGGUGUGUCUGGAAUGGAGUCAGCUGGGUGUAGCGGUCCAGCCAAAGCAGCCAGACCGGGCGAUGAGGCCUCCUGCCUGGCUGCCGGGCACUGUCGUUACAGAACUCCACACAGGAGAUGGGGCAGGAGUGUGAGGAACAGAACCUCUGGUCCACCUCCUUGAGGAAUGGGAUAGUGCCCUGCACAGCUAAAAGAGGCCAGUGCGGGCUCGAGCUAUCUGCACCCUUGGCAACCCAGGAGGAAGAGCUCACCAUGGUGCAGGCUAUCAGGGUACCCAAUAUGCUGGAGCAGCCACCUGCCUCAGUGGAGCACCCAGCUUCGGCCCUUGAGAAACACCCUGAAUCACAUCAAGAAGCCGCCCCAGCUAGUAUUGUGGGGCCUACUGAAGCUUCAGGUCCUGAGUUGAUCAAGCUAGUCAAGGCUGCUGCAGCUGGGUGCUUGGCCCGAUCCAAGAUGCUAGCUGCUGAGUCCAAACCAAUGCAUGAGGCAGUCACACCUCUGAUUCAGCAUCCCGACAAGGAGGACCUACCUGUAACCUUGGCCACCCUGGAGGUAGAUCACGUCCUGGCGCAUGCAAUCCUUUUCCCCCACAUGCUGCAGCAGCCACCUAUCUCAGGGGAGCAACUAGCUUCCGCUCCUGAACAAGAUCCCAAACCACCUCAAGAGCCCGCCCCAGCUCCUACUAUGGGGCCUGCUGAAGCUUCAGGGCCAGAGGUGAUUGAGCCAGUCAAGGCUGCUGGAGUUGAGUGCUUGCCAGGGGCUGAGAUGGCACCUGUUGAGUUGAAGCCACUGCAGGUGUUGGUCACACCUCUGAUUCACUGUCCCCAACUGGAGGUGCUGCCUGCACCCCUGGCCCCUCCAAAACGUAGGCAGGCCUCAGUGCCCACCCUCGAGUUCAUCGAAGGGCCGGUGCAUCCACCUGCCUUACUGGAGCAUCCAGCCUCUGCCACCGAGCAGCAGCUCAUCAUGGCUACAGCCCAACGGAAGGCUUCCCCGCCCCUCUCAUUGCACUGUGUCUAAUUUUGUUGUGGUUGUCAUCAACCUCUAUAAUUCC